UUCGUUACAUUGACUUUUAAUGUGCUUUCUACCGAUGGUAGAUGCGUCUAUGUCUCUUACUAUGACGGAGUUUGAGGAUAAAAAAAAACAUAUGCAUGAGCUGCAAGACCGCCUUGCAGACACGGAGCGUCAACUUUUCGAAGGAGAGGUGUUGAGGAAGAAGCUUCACAACACCAUUCUUGAACUGAAAGGAAACAUACGUGUGUUCUGCCGACUGCGCCCCUUGCUACCGGAUGAUGGAGGACACCAAGAGGCCAGCGUCAUUGCUUACCCUAGAUCAUCUGAAUCUCUUGGGAGAGGCAUUGAUGUGGUCCAAAGUGGGUAACAAGCAUCCUUUCACACUUGACAAGGUUUUCGACCAUGGAGCUUCUCAGGAGGAAGUAUUCUUUAUCGCAACUUGUUCAAAGCGCAUUGGAUGGCUACAAGGUUUGUUAUCUUCUUAUUCUGACUAUCUUGUAGAUCCUUUGGUAAAUGAUCUUUCUUUUGUCAUUUGUAUCUGACAACACUUUGACUGAUCUUUCUUUUGUCAUUUGCCUGCCUUAAAUCUUUGUGGACAUAAGUUUGUAUUUUUGCAUACGGCCAAAUAGGUUCUGGCAAAACCUAUACCAUGAUGGGCAGGCCUGAAACGCCAGAGCAGAAGGGACUGAUCCCUCGUUCGCUUGAACAAAUGUUCAAAACGAGCCAGUCUCUUAGUGCACAAGGCUGGAAAUACAAGAGGCGUGUAUCUAUUUUUCCCAGAAUGGUGAAACAUUUGUUUAAUGCUUUGAUUGCUAGCGCUGUUUCUUAUUGGAUUUUUAACAUAAAACCCCCUCAAUUAAGUUUAUUUCGGGUAUAAACCCCUAAAUUAAAGAUUCAACGGAAAAACCCUCAACCUAAGAAAUGGUAACGAAUUGGCCCCUCUGUUACUUAGCCACGUUAAAAUUUUGAAAACCUCCGUUAGUUGAAACACAUCGUUUAGUGUCAAAAGAAAAACGACCCGUCUUUCCUCUUCUUCAUAUCUGAGACUCGAAAAUUUCCAAAUAUAAAUUAGGGUUCUUCAAAAUUUUGAGUUUAUAUCUGUUCCUCAAGUUAAAGCUUUUGUUUUCAUCUUCCCCAGUUAGGUUUUAGUUUUCGUAAUUAAACGUACGGUGUUGGUUUCAACUGAUUUUGUUCUCGAAAAGUUUAUGUUGCUUGAGAGUUUUAGAACCAAGUCUAAAAGUGAUGCUGUGUGUUGUAGCUUGCAUCUUUUAACAUCAUUGUGGUUCAAGGACUGUCAUUGUGGUCGUAGCUCUCGAGAUUGAACUUUGAUUAAAUCCUUCAAGAGAAGAAGUGGAAGCAAGGAAGCUUGCCACACAAGAAAAUGAACAAGAAGAAGAAUUGACCAAGGAGUCCCGUCGAAAAAGAAUAAAGAAGUGGAAGCAAGAGAUUGCUUACCACCCAAGGAAAGAAGAAGAGGCAAAAGCCAACUAAACUCUCUUCUCUCUCUACAUAAACACAAAAGAAACGUGAAAGAGUAAAGAGAAAGAGCAAGCUUGUGUUAAGAUGAAACACAAGUAAACAAAAACAGAGUGUGAGUGGUGUAAAACAGAGUGAGGGUGAGAGAAGCUCACCAAGUAUGAACAAGAGAAGAAAGAGAGGCUGGCCGUGAGAAUUGUGCAGUGUGAGAGGUCAAGCCAAGAGAAAAAGUUCAACAGUAGCUUGUUCUAGGACUAUCAUCAUUGUGGUUUAAGUGACGUUUUUAACUGGUAGUUAUGACAUUUGAUAGUGUUUCAAGUUUUGUUUUUAACUUGUUUUUCUA